AAGGGCUGUAUAAAUAAAGUGCAUUUACAUUUACAAGUACAUUUACAUUAAUGGAUGGAUAAUUUAGCAUAAUUAAGUAAGGAUAUAUCCUAAUUUGUGAGUUGAUUUAUGUUUUGUAUUUUUAAAAAAAAAUCUAAAUCUGUAACUGUUGACUAAAGCUGUCAGAUAAAUGUGGAGUAAAAAGUACAAAAUUGCAACAAAAAAAAGAAAAGAAAUGUGAUCAGCUUCUUGACCUUUAUUUUGAAACUCCCCAGCGGAAGCGCGUCCCCUCACUCUGCGUGCUUUGACGCGUCGUGCAGAGUCUGCUGCGCCGCUGCACGGGAAAGUGAUCCGCGGACUGGAGCACACCUGAGCCCGGGUGUCUUAAUUAACACUGCCGCCUUUUUCUGAGCCUCUCCGCAUGACUUAAAAAAAAAAAAAAUCUUCCAAAAUAUUGUUAAUAUGUAGAUUUAAACGAGACAAAGAAAAAGAAAAAAAAUGUCCUUUUCAUCAAACAGUGGAUAUUUUUCUCUGAAUGGGAGUGAAGAAGCGCAGCCUGGCUGAAUCUGGUGCGUUUCAGCUCGUUUUGAACUUUGUGGAAGUAUGUAACUGUGACACAUGAGAUCAUAACAUGGAGCAGUCGGCUACUCUCGACAUAGAGACGCUGAAGAUUACCCAGGAGCAGUUUAUCCUCGCGUCCCAGUCUCUGCACCUCCAGCGACCAGGCUGCGAUGCCGUGUACCCAGUGGGUCUGUACGGCUGGAGGAAAAGAUGUCUCUACUUCUUCCUGCUGCUGCUCCUGGUCACCAUGAUAGUGAACCUGGCCCUCACUGUCUGGAUCAUAAAGGUCAUGAAUUUCUCAGUGGAUGGAAUGGGAAACCUUCAUUUGAACCAGGAUGGGAUUCGCCUGGAGGGAGUCUCUGAGUUUCUCCUGCCUCUCUACGUGAACGAGAUCCAGUCCAGAAGGGACAGCUUGUUGGUCUUACGGUCAGAAAAGAACGUAACGCUGAACGUCAGGAACGACCAAGGCCAGCUGACCGGUCAGCUCACAGUGGGACCUGAGGCUGUGGAGGCCCAGUGUCAGAGGCUGGAGGUACGGAGUAAAGACGGAGACAGGCUGCUGUUCACCGCAAAUGAGGAGGAGGUCAUCAUGACAACUGAAAAGUUCACCGUCACAGGCUCAGAAGGCGCCGUGUUUGGACAUUCGGUAGAAACUCCCCUGAUCCAGGCGAGGGCUUCUGAAGACCUUAAGCUCGAGUCUCCAACACGGGCCCUGACCAUGGAGGCUCCCAGAGGGGUGGAAGUGAGCGCUGCCAAGGGGCCACUGAAGGUCAGCGGUCGAAAGGACCUACAGCUGGAGUCCACAGAGGGAGAGAUACUUUUCGACGCCAACACCAUUCAGCUGGGGAGUCUCCCGCUCGGCGUCUACACGGCGUCGCCUACUCAGGCUUCCCAGGAACAGGCUGUCUACGAGGUGUGCGUCUGCCCCAGCGGCAAGAUCUACCUCUCUCCUGCAGAGAGUAGCUCCACCUGCCAGGCCAUGAGCAACAUCUGCCUCUGGAGCUGACCUGGGAGCAGUGUCAGCGAUCGGGGACACCUUUUAACAUCUGCUUGGGAGCCGCCGAGAUUGAGACUCCUCCGUUUGGUACAUUUGACAGAGAGUGGAACGGAGAGGGGGCUGAAAUUCUUCACUGUCUGAGCUGUCUGACUUCAGAUUAGCACAGAAGCAUCCGUGUCUACCGCCUACAGUGGUCUGUUAGAGGUCCGGACUCUUGUACCACUGACAGUGGCAGUCAGAGCAGCUCUCUGAAAUCAGGAAUAUCACACACGAACAGACACAUUUCCACUACCUUGCAUUAGAGUCAGAGGACGCACCCUUUAUUUUUCUACUUUUGGUUCAUCGUAGACAUUUACUGAGUGUUUGGAAAGAAUACACACGAAAAGAAAAAAAAAACACAGGUGCCUUCAGCUUUGAAAGAGGUCAUAUUGUGAUUAAUAUUGAACCUGUCUGUGCAGUUAAUUGAACCUGUCUGAGCUAGUUAACGGUUUUACAGUGUGUGGUUGUGAUGGUAGAAAGAUAAGUAAGCACAAUUCAUGUCAUGUUUCCCCCCCAAAAAAAUCCAGAUUUUAGUUUUUUUUAAUCUCAAAAGAUAUUUUAGUUUUUUUUUCCACUGUGUCAGCAGCUGUUUCAUUUGAAAUUAAACACGUUUUUAUGUGGAAGACAUCAUACUUGAAGUUUAAUUGUGAUUGACAACAUGCUGUUUUGUGAACGUUCACAGGACGUCUCUACUCUGAGGUAAAUAUUCUACCUUUUCUUUGUCACAUUACAGAAUAAGUUGAGAAAACAAUCUCAAAAAGAGCUUUUGGGGGCGGUCGGUAGCAUAGUGGGUUAAGCGGCCGCCCCGUCUGUGGAGGCUAUAGUCCUCGCU